UAUAAUAACCCGGAAAUGGUUUUGUUAACUGAAGAGGAAAAGAAGUCACAGACCACUUCCAGAUGUAAGUUGCAUUCGAUUCUAGACAGCUGGGUGUCACCUGUCAAAAUGGCAGCAGCACUGGACACCAAAUCAGGAUCUGAAGGCUCUGUUGCUGCUGAAGUACCCUUUCAUCAUUUGUGCACCACUUUGGAAAAAAUACAAAAGGCCAAACUCAGACCAGAUAAAACUAAGUGUCUGAGAGACUUCCUGGAUUCCUGGAGAAAGUUCCAUGCUGCUCUCCACAAAGAUAACCCAAACACUACAGACUCAUUUUACCCAGCUAUGCGUCUCAUAGUUCCCUCGUUUGAGCGAGAGAGGAUGGCCUAUGGCAUAAAGGAAAACAUGCUGGCUAAACUCUACAUCGAUGUUUUGGGUCUUCCGGAGAACGGUCCUGAAGCACAUAAACUUCUCAAUUACCGCGCUCCUACUACAUCGCAAGGAGAAGCUGGGGAUUUUGCCCUUAUGGCCUACUUUGUUUUGAAGAAAAGGUGCACAAGUCAGGGGAAUCUAACCAUUAAGGAGGUGAACGACUUCUUGGACUCGGUUGCUCUGAAUAUCGCAAGUAAGCAGAAGGAUUUGGUGAAAAAGAACCUGUUGCACCUGAUCAACCACAGCACACCCCUGGAGCAGAUGUGGCUGAUCCGCAUAAUUCUGAAAGACAUGAAGCUUGGGAUGAGCAAAGUCCUGGAUGUCUUCCACCGCGACGCGACCGAGCUCUACAACGUCACCACGGACCUGGAAAAAGUGUGCCGGCAGCUCCAUGACCCCUCUGUGUCCCUCAGCGAGGUGUCCAUCGGGCUCUUCUCGGCUUUCAGGCCUAUGCUGGCGGCAGGCGCCAAUGUCAAACAGGUGGAGAAGCAGAUGACCAACCGGAGCUUCUUCAUCGAGACCAAGCUGGACGGCGAGCGCAUCCAGGUGCAUAAGGACGGGGAUGUGUACAAGUAUUUUACACGCAACUCCUAUGAGUACACACAGCAGUUCGGGGCCUCGCCAUUACAGGGUUCUCUGACGCCCUUCAUUCACAGUAUCUUCAAGCCCCAUGUGAGGAACUGCAUCUUGGAUGGUGAGAUGAUGGCAUACAACCUCACUGUUGAUGCCUUCAUACAGAAAGGCACAAAGUUUGACAUUAAGAGGUUAGUUGACGACUCUGAACUGCAGACCUGUUUCUGUGUCUUUGAUGUCUUGCUACUCAAUGACCAGAAGUUGGGAAAUGAAACUCUGAAGAAGCGGGACGAGAUGCUUCAGACGGUCUUCACCCCGAUAAAGGGCCGGAUGCAGCUGGUGCAGAAAACCGAAGCCAAAACAAUGCAGGAAGUGGUGGACGCCCUCAAUGAAGCGAUUGACAACCGGGAAGAAGGAAUCAUGGUGAAGGACCCACUGUCCAUCUACAAGCCAGACAAACGAGGGGAGGGUUGGCUGAAGCUCAAGCCAGAGUAUAUGGACGGCCUGAUGGACGAACUUGACUUGCUGAUCAUCGGGGGGUACUGGGGAAAAGGCAGGCGGGGUGGGAUGAUGUCCCACUUCCUGUGUGCAGUUGCUGAAACUCCUGAACCUGGAGAGAAGCCAUCGGUGUUCCAUUCUUUUUGCCGCAUUGGUUCAGGUUACACUAUGAAGGAGCUUUACGACCUGGGCUUGAAACUGGCCAAGCACUGGAAAGUCUACCAUAAGAAUGAUCCCCCAGCAUCGAUCCUUUGUACCACAGAGAAACCAGAGGUGUACAUUGAACCCUGGGAUUCUGUGAUCAUUCAGGUUAAAGCAGCCGAAAUAGUCGACAGUGACAUGUAUAAGACAAAUUGCUCGCUUCGAUUUCCCAGGAUCGAGAGGACGAGGGAGGAUAAGGAAUGGCAUCAGUGCAUGACUUUAGCGGACCUGGAGCAGUACAGAAGCAAGUCUUCUGGGAAGUUAGCAUCGAGACACCUUCUUCUCAAUGAUGAUGAGCCACAGAAGAAGAAGCGGAAGCUAGUGGCAAAGCCUAAGAAAGCCAUCGGGAUAAUUGACCAUUUUAAGGCACAGGACCUGUCUGGUGUGGCGAAAGAGACUGACAUGUUUGAGGAUGUGGAGUUCUGCGUAUUGAAUGGGAAUGAUGAGCACUCCAAGGCCGAUCUGGAGAAGGGGGUAGCCAGUUGUGGAGGCAUCGUAGUCCAGAACCCAGGCAAGGACACCUACUGCGUGAUAGCUGCUGUGGAGAACAUGAGGGUGAAGAACCUGAUUGCCGCCGACCAGCAUGACGUGGUGUGGGCCACCUGGCUGCUUGAGUGCCUGGAGAGGAAGCAGGUUGUUCCGUGGCAACCCCGUCACAUGAUCCAUAUGUCUCCACCCACAAAGGAACACUUUGCCAAGGAGUACGACCAGUUCGGGGACAGCUACUCGGCUAACACGGAUGAGCAGCAGUUGAAAGAGGUCUUUGGGAGGAUCCGCGUGAAGGAGGAAGACUUGCCUUCCAUCGCAGAUGUGGAAGCAAGGUACCGCCUGGAUGACCUUCCCACAAGCAUGUUCAGACCCUUCAGAGUGUACAUGGACCGUUGCUCUGACGUUGGGGACCCGAAGAGCUAUAUCCCUUCGACAUGUUUGGACACACGGGCGCUGGAGUUCCGUUUCCACGGGGGGGCAGUGGAGUCCACGCUGGUGGAAGGGGUGUCUCACGUCAUUGUUGCUGAGGAAACCAGAAUCAUGCCAUUAAGAACUCUCAGAAGAGUCUUUACCAAGAAGUUUAAGAUUGUGAGAGAAACCUGGGUGAAGGACUGUAUCAAAGCUGGACAUUUGUUGAAUGAUAAUGACUACCUUGUUUAGCGUCUGAAGUCAGUAUGCGCAAUUACUGACUUAUGUGCAGACAAAAACUGUAAAUAGCAUGGUUUUAAUUAGGAUUUUUUUAACCUGGUAUGAUAAUAGCAUAUGAAGUACUUGCUUGAUUUUAAAAUGUUGUUUUAGCCUCCUUCUCAAGAGGUUGUUUCUUUGGAAGGCAGGAUAGGGGUUUCAUCAGACUAGUCUUGAAAAUCACUCAGAAAAAAAAACUUUCAGGUAGUUAUAUUAGCAAGAUUUUGGGGUUGGAAUAGCCUGCUUCUCUAACUUUGCUUUUGGCAGCAGUGUAACUGUGUUGCCCUUGAAAGCUCCGCUUUAAUUGCCAAGUUGCUGUUGCUCCAGAUUACCUUCUGCAGGUUAUGAAGAUACAUGAAAAUGAAGUGCAUGAAGAGCUGUUCUGUCCAGGGUUGUGGAUUCACACGCAUUUGUUUCUAAAGGAAGAGUGUGAAUAUUCUGCUACUACCUUUUGCAAAUGAUACUUUUGCAAUAUAACAUGUAAUCAGUUACGCUGGCCAAAAAUGUAACAAAAAAUGGCACUCAUCAAAACAUGUAUCAUGGAUAUUUCUGGGAAAAGCUUUAAAUGAAUGUGUGUUUUAGCCAUCAAUUUGUAUUAAGAACAACAUGUGUGGUUCUGACUGUACUGUUGCAGCUAAACAGAGCUCCCAAACAAGCCUGCUAGCCUCUCAUUUUCUGCCUCACGUUUCGUGUGUCUGUCUAAAUAAAAGACAAGAUGUGGACAUAUCAAGUGAUAAUUUCAGCAUUGCCGAUUCCAUGAAUGUUACAAUGAAGCUAUGGACUAAAUCUGUCUUUUUUAACUGAGUCACUUUUUAACAGCAGCACAGUAUGUAAGCAUUUUAAGGACUUCAGGGAAGUGUAAGGUUUUGAAAAUAUUAACAAUCGUGUUGUUUGGUGGUGGAUAAAAUGUGUUUUUCUGAAAAAUA